UGAGUGAGAUCGUCUAGACGCACUUGACACCCUCGGGUAGGGAACGCCGUCUGGCUCUCAAGACGCCUUUCACUCCGCGGGAUAGUCGAGAACGCCAUGAAGAGCUCGCAAAUUUCGUCAAGCCUGAAGACCCUGGGAUUUUGAGAAGGCAUGGCCAGCUGUCUAGAUUUUCGUCCUUAUCCACGCUGUCUCCUUGCCUGAUCUGAUCUGAUCCCUUGAGGUUCUCCCUUAGCAACUCCUGGACACCAUUUUGGGACACAAAGACCUAAUCCCAUCCCUUUACAGCGCGGUCUAAUUCUCAGGACAUGGCUGAGCGUAUGUGGAUGGGAGGAUAGCGCCCCCCCAACCCCCUCCCAUUAACCAUAGCCACUGUUUCACCCUAUCCCUUAACAACCGCCCUGCUUCACAGAGCUCAGCAUAGGCCCCAAAAACUGGAGUGUCUUGGCUCAAACCCAAAUAUCUGAUACUAAACCCUAACACUGUCACUCAGCCUGGCACCGGUGACCUCUACCUGGAGUCGUGAGCGAGUGUGGGUUUUGAAGCCCUCGAUGCGUAGAGGAUCUGGGAUGGCAAAGAGAGUGGCGUCACGCCCCAGCAGACACCCCCCACCCACUCGGACUGGUUAACGCUGCGAUCGGAGGCAUUACUGCGAGGGCAGUAUGCAGGCAGCUGACCAUCCGGCCACAAAUACUUUAACAGAGUGCAAAUUUGAGGAGCACUGUCCUGCCGUGACCCCGCCUCCCGCCACCCUUGAAUCUGAACUGGAGUUUCAGAUAAUAAUCAUAAUUGUGGUGAUGACCGUGAUGGUAGUUGUGAUCAUCUGCUUGCUGAACCACUACAGGCUCUCAGCCUGGGCCUUCUUCACACGACAGAGUCAGGCCCGACGCCGGGAAGAGGCAAUGCAGCCGGAGGGGUGCUCAUGGCCGACGGACAGUCUGGUGGCACAACAAGGAGCCACUGAGGUGAUGUACGGGCCGCGGACGCAGGAGCGCUUCAACCCGCCCUCCUUUAUGCAAAGGGACCGAUUCUGCCGCUUCCAGCCCACCUACCCCUACCUGCAGCAGGACAUCGACCUGCCGCCCACCAUCUGUCUGUCGGACGGCGAGGAGCUGCCUCCCUACAAGGGGCCCUGCACCCUGCAGCUGCGUGACCCCGAGCAGCAGCUGGAGCUGAGCCGAGCCUCGGUGCGCGCGCCCCCCAACCGGACCAUUUUCGACAGCGACCUCAUAGACGUUUACGUGCACGGUGGAGGCGGGGGCACGGGCCCGCGGCCCCCCAGCAGCAACUCGGGCAAGAGCGCCUCCAGCGCCCGCAUGGAGGGUCCGCCGCCCACCUACAGCGAGGUCAUGGGUCAGAUGCAAGGUCAAGGGUCGUCCGCCUUCCUCCACCAGCACAGCAAUAACGCGCCGCCCUCCGCCCAGCGAAACGCCACCACGCCCACGCCACAGCCUCCGCCGCCGGCGGUUGUGGGCAUCCGAGUCGGGCACCAGCAGACUGGUAGCAGCAGCGUAAGCACAACGGUGCCCGGCAAGGCAAAGGAUAGCCAACGGGACUGAUCCCUUCCUUUCACUCCCACAAACAAACAAACAGACAAAACAAACAAACAAACACACACGCACGCAUAUAUACUCCCAUACAAACAUGUGGCGGUGAGAGACACAGGGAGGCAGAGAGAGUGGGGAAAAACUGAGAAAGAAAAAUGAAAGCGAGAGAGCGAGGGAGACUGAAGGAGAGAGAGCGAGCGAGCAAGACGUGGCACUCUCUAAGACUGCCCCCUCCCCAGCGCUCCCCCUUGCACAAUAUGAACAGAAUCGAGGAACCAAGCUUACAAAUUAUUAUUUUUUGUAUGUUUCUCUUUUUUUGCUAGAAACUGUGGGCCUUGUGUGGAUGUUUUUUGGCUUAAUAGCUAUUUUUUUCUGUUUGUUGUCUGUUUUUUUGUAUGCUUACUUUUGUUUAUUUAAAAGAAAAAAAAAAGAUUGUUGGCACAGACUUUUUGCUUGAACGGCCACAUGGGCCAUAGGAUUGAGGAUCUGUCUUUCGUUUGUAUUUUUUUUUCUUCCUUUGUUCUCCUUUUUUUUUUUCGCUUUUGGGAUCUGGGCACAGACAAUUACCCGAGUUCCAAAAUUUGAGUGCCAUGAUUCACGCAGGAGUGAAACCACCAGGGGGACGUGAGGGGACAAAAAACCCGUAAAUAUUAAGUUGCACUAACUUAACUGUUUAAAGAGAAGAGCAUAAGGCUACCUUUCAUUUGGUUGUUCUCGUGCAUCGCUCCCCUAAAUGUGUUUUUUUAAAAAGCAACUAAGCAUUUUGCGUUUCUUUUUCUCUUCUUUCUGUUAUCUAUUAAAAAUACAGAGGGGAUAGAGAACUUUGAUCCAGCCUAAAUCUAUACACAACUGAACUGCAAAAUGGCACUUAAGGGGUUAAUGAAAUCUGUUCAAAUGUCCAUUUCUCUUUCCUCUGAACAACUGAAUUAUACUAGCACGGAGUCUUUUGGAUGGAAGUCAUGAUACACACACAUAUAUCGCUUUCAUCCUGUCAAGUAGCACUUUAUACUUCCUGUCACCUCAGAGUUGUCGUUGGGUCCAAGAGCAGGGGACUUGUGGGAAAUGUAGUCUUAUGCACACCCAUUCACUCACUGUCAUGAGUGUGCAUCUUUUUUCUUUUUUUUUUUUAAUCAAAUUGUUGGUUUGCUUUAAAAGGAUCACAAGACUCCCCUGCCCCCACCACUAUCCAGUAGAUUAUACACAAAUCUUUUUCAGUUUUGUCUACCUAUUACUUUCCGUUAGGCAGUCCUCUUGCUUACUUGUGUUGCGUUAAGUGAUCAUUUAGAGAGGUGUAUGAAAGAUGGCUAUUACCUGUGUAGGUUUGAUCGAGGGACUGUGCCCGAAAUGGUGUCACCACAAAUCGUGCAUCAGACACAUUCCCUUGUUGCUUUUCUGUCUGUCUGUCUGUAGUCUGUAGAUUAUUCGUCAUUUUUAGCAUUGCACCCGGAAAGAACCAUCUAGAGACACAGACGGGGGGAAAAAAGCAACAAAACUGAAAAGACCAACAUACUUGUUUAUGAUUGUUAAGACUAGGUGAUUAUUGUGGACCCAAGGCUGGAUGGUGUGGAUAUGUGACCUAAUGAUUAGAGAAGGACAAAUCUGAGUUGACUCGAAAAAGGAACAAGAAUAUUUCAAAGAACAAACAUUUACCCAGAACACAUACAAUGAAAGUUAUGUGUGUCCCAUCCAAUGCCAAGAGAAAGUGUGGUGUGUGUGUGUGUGUGUGUGUGUUUUCCCCCCUCUGUCUUGUUUCUAUUGUUUGUUUUUCAUAGUCCCGCAUAUGCCCAUGUCUAUCAACCACAUUCAGAAUGCUUUCAGACGCGCUGAUUGUUUUUGAUCUGUACUUUGAGAACCACUGGUCUUGGGCUUCCAAUCGAUAAAAAAAGGCCCACAGAAAAAAAAAAAGUUUUAUCAAAGCUGAAGGUAUUUAUUUUGUUAUGAAGUAUUUAUUUGUAUGUACAACCUUUUGAGACAAGUGUUUUUUCUCUCUCCUUUCAUCCCCUACCAAUGGCAAAGCCACUUUUGGUAUAUGGCUGUAGGCAUAGACAACAAUACAAGCUCCUGCAUUGUUUUAAAAAAAAAAAAAAUCCAUAUUUUGAUGAGUGAUGUUCCCAUUUUUUCCCCUUACCACCAUCAUUGACAAAAACACCGAUCAUCUUAUCCCCCACCUUUUUAAAAGUCAUACUUAGGAAAGCCUGGUUUUGCUCCGUAAACUGACUGACUCCUCAUUGGUUCUCCUUCCUGUCACUCAUUCUGAGCGCACAGUCUGAGUUUUUUUGUCUGUUUUGUGUGUUUCGCUGCUGCUCUGCGCUGCUACUGCUGCUGCUGUGGUCAGAUGUCCCAUGUGUAGCCCUCUGUCCGCCUUUUCGCACCCCGCUGCCCCAAGCCCACACACACGUACACACACACCUCUUUAAGUAUUUUACUCUAUACCUUAUUUAGAACGAGAACUAGCUCUCACGUAUGUUUGUCUUUUCUUCUUUCUUUUCCACAUUUAUCUUUCUUUUAUAUGUUCCCUCAUGGCUCUCUCCUCCCACUGUCGUAGCUUAGACCAGACGGGGGUGUGUAAUUAUAAUUUUUUUCUUCCUACAAUUUUUUUUUAUGUUUGUCGACCCGAGAUGAUUGCAUGUUGUCGUCAUUGAUAGAAUUACGUGAGCAAAUUCCGUGCCUAAUGGUCAAGUUUGAGCAGACAUAGGAACCCACUUGCACUCAAAAAAGCCCCCACCUUCGUUGUGCCUCACUUUCAACGGUGCUUUUUUCAGUAGUUUGACUCUGUUUAUUUGUACGGUGCUGUAUAUAACUUGAAUAUAUUAUGCACAUAUCCUACCCAAUGGGUAGACAACCACAAGAGAACAUGUUAAUACUGUAAUAUAAUGUAUAGAUGAUAUUAAAAAGAAAAAUUUAACACGGUGGCAUCGAGUUUUGUGAAUGCCCUACAAUUGUGCUUUGUCUUUUUGUAAAAACAGAGUAAAGUUUGCAAAAAUAAUGCUACGAUAUGGUCACAUAAUGAAUACGAAAAAUACUUCUUAUAUUUUUUCCUAUACAGUAAAUGCAAAUCUGUUAUGUGAUGAAAACAAAUAUUCUGAUAUAAGGCAGUUGUACACAGGAUAAAUAGCUGCUGCUUUUGUUACUUCCAGAGAAUAAUUAUCGAUGCCAGCGCUUGCCAUUUAUUUAUUUGACCUUUUUUGUGACUGCUAGCUGUUUGGACUUGUAUUAACCACGCUCGAACUACAGCAAAAAGACAAAAAAAGAAGAAAAAAAAUAACACAAAAUCUAUGAAUGAAUUGUACCAUAGCUGAUGGAAUCUAAAAUCUUUAUACAAAGGACAUGACAUGGGAUUGAGGAAGGACUUCUUGUGAGAUGGUGGACAAUAUCAUAAAUAGUUCCGAGGGCUGGUUUCACCCCUUUUUUGGGUCUUAAUGGAUUUUUGAACCAGCCCCUCCACAAAAAAGGGAUUUAGAUGAUGCAAGACCUACUACAGUAGUCAACAAGUUUUUAAAAUUUUUAUUUUCUAUUUUAUUUUACACAUAAUCAAGUCAUGUGUGAUGUGUAAACAAGCACUGCGAUUACCUUUUGUGCGAAUGAUCCACAGUCCAUUAUUGAUACUGUGCAUGCUGAUUUGUUCAUUUCCUCUGAAUCAUUUUUUUUUUGUUUUGUUUUUUGUUGUUGCAACCUUUCAGCAUCAAAGGUUUCUUUUCUUAUCUUUUUUUCUAAUGCCAGGCUGUUGCAUUUCCUUUAUACAAGCUUGAAUGAACGACACAGGCUGUCUGAAUGGUGUGGUUCUUCUCUCAAUUCCAUGGAUCAAAAGAUUUUUUUUCCCGGAAACAAAAACAAACUGAAAGUCACAGUGCUGUGUUUUUAUCUAUUUGCCUCAUCAUCAUCAUCAUCAUCAUCAUUAUCACCACCAUCAUCAUCGGUCAUCAUCUCUCACCACAGGACUGUAUCCAACCUGGACUGAAAAUAAAAACAUGUCUGCUUUCUCUGCCAGAAGGAAACCAGUGACUGAGGAGCCACUGCAGUGUUCUUAUGCCUUUUAUUAUUAAUAUUGAUGAUUAUUAUUAUUAAUUAUUAUUUAAGCAAUUGUGAUGUCAUCCGUUUGCAGCCUGAGGUUUGUCACUGCAAUACUUUUACAGGAAAAGGUGACUUUAAAAAAAAUACGAAAAAAAUGGAGAGAAAAAAAAUAAAACUGUUGCUCAAAGUACUGUUGUAGUCCUUCAUGAAACAAUUCCAUGCUUGUUCUUUCGCUGUGAUAAAAUGGCUAGAGAGCGAUUAAAGUUGGGGAAAAAAGAACUAUUA